AUGUUGGGCAUCACUGUCCUCGCUGCACUCUUGGCCUGUGCCUCCAGCUGCGGGGUGCCCAGCUUCCCGCCCAGCCUAUCCGCCCGCGUGGUGGGAGGAGAGACUGCCCAGCCCCACAGCUGGCCCUGGCAGAUCUCCCUCCAGUACCUCAAGAACAACACGUGGUGGCACACCUGCGGCGGGACCUUGAUCACCAGCAACUUCGUCCUCACCGCCGCCCACUGCAUCAGCAACAACCGGAUCUACCGUGUGGCCCUGGGAAAGCACAACCUGGAGGUGGAAGAUGAGGAAGGAUCCCUGAUUGUGGAUGUGGACACCAUCUAUGUCCAUGAGAAAUGGAUCUCCUUACUGGUACUCAACGACAUUGCCCUCAUCAAGCUUGCAGAGCACGUGGAGCUGAGUGACACCAUCCAGGUGGCCUGCCUGCCAGAGAAGGACUCCCUGCUCCCCAACGACUACCCCUGCUAUGUCACUGGCUGGGGCCGCCUCUGGAGGGGACUCCGGUGGUCCACUGAACUGCCAGCUGGAGAACGGCUCCUGGGAGGUGUUUGGCAUCGUCAGCUUUGGCUCCCCGCGGGGCUGCAACACCCGCAAGAAGCCGGUAGUCUACACCCGGGUGUCCGCCUACAUCGACUGGAUCAACGAGAAAAUGCAGCUGUGACCUGUUGCUGGGAGCGGCGACAGGGAGUCCCUGCAAGAGCAAUAAACUUCCUUCUC